CAACAAAGUUCGGAAACAUCGAAACCAAAAGAAGAAAAUUAAAGAAGCAUGAAAACCCAACUGCCUGAACUCCUCCUCUCCCUCCUCUGCGCAACAUUACUCUUCCACCUCCAGCCAAUCCCAGCCGUCGGAGAGCCCGAGCCUAAUGGCACAACAAACGCCAUAGAUUUCAUCCGUACGAGCUGCGGCACAACGUUGUACCCGGACAUCUGCUACACCUCGCUGUCCCGCUACGCCAACGCCAUACAACAAAACCCGGCUCGGCUGGCGAAAGUAGCCAUGUCCGUGAGCCUAGCCAAGGCAAAGCGCAUGGCCGCCUACGUGUCCAACAUCUCCCGCCAAGCCGACUACGGCGCCGACCCCCGAGCCUCGGCGGCGCUACACGAUUGCUUCACCAACUUCGGGGACGCCGUGGACGAGAUCCGCGGAUCGCUGAAGCAGAUGCGCCAGCUGAGCGGCGGCGCGGGAGCUGAAUCGUUCAGCUUCCAGAUGAGCAACGUGCAGACGUGGAUGAGCGCGGCGCUGACGGACGAGGACACGUGUACUGACGGAUUCCAGGACGUGAGUGACGGUUCCGUGAAGACGGACGUGUGUGAUCGGGUGGCGAGGGCCAAGAAGUUCACGAGCAACGCGCUUGCGUUUGUGAACAGUUACGCUGCCAAGGGCACGCCUUGAUCACGAUGGGCUUGCUUUUGUCUACGACCGUUUGUGUUUUUCAGUGAAGUAGAACAGAUUAGCGUGAGACCACGCGCGUUUUAUGUUUUUUGAAUGUCAUCAGUUAUGUAUAUUUUGGCUUUUCCUUUUC